AUGCGCUCGGGGUACGUUGGCAUCUACAAUCAAGGUAGCACGUGCUACCUAAACUCCGUCAUACAAGCGCUGUACCACCUGCCCGCCUUCCGCACUCAAAUUUAUAACCUGCCGAAUGUGCAAAAGGACUCCGUUGCACUCGCUCUACGUGACGUGUUUGCGCAGCUGGAGGUGCGCAAUCGUAACACCACCACGACGGAGCUGACCAAGGCUUUUGGCUGGUCAGCACAGGAGGCGGCAGUGCAGCAUGACGUUCAUGAGCUGAUGCAGCAGCUCUUUGACAGCCUCGAAACGACGUUGAAGGAGACGCCGAAGAAGAACAUGAUCCGUGACAUGUUCGGCGGCUUGAUGAUCUACCGGUCUCGUGCCAUAGACGGCGCCGAAUACCUCUCUGACCGCCUUGAGGACUUCUACGACGUGGAGCUGGUAGUGCAGAACAAAGCAAACAUCGAGGAGUCACUGCGGGAGUUCUCAUCGGGAGAGCGGAUCGAGGGUGUCUCUGUGGAGGUAGUGCCUGGUGCGGACGCGACGCCGCAUACGAUUGAGCGCAGCCAACACUUCCUCGACUGCCCCAAGGUGCUCUUGGUGCACCCGAACCGCGUGGCCUUUGACAUGGAAACAUACGAGCUGGUCACGCUACGUAAUGUGUGGAGUUUUGAUUUCAACUUAUCGCUGGCGAGCUACGUUGUCGAUGACGCCUCGCUGAAGCUCGACAAGGAGAGUCAAGAAAAAUGGAAGAAGCUUAGCCACCGCACCCACCUCAGCGCGAACUAUAGCCUGCGCUCCAUCCUCACGCACGCCGGCGAUGCCACCAUCGGGCACUACUAUGUAUACGUCAACUUCGACGGGGAGUGGGUGCGCUUCAACGACGAAGUGGUCGAGUCGGCAACGGAGGAGGAUGUGCGCAAGUCCGCGUUUGGCGGGCAGUCGAUUCAAUCGCGCUAUCGCCUCUUUGACAACGAGCGCGCGUCGCUGCUUAUCUACGUGAACGACGAUGUCAAGGAGGAGCUGCUGAGCGAGACGCCGCCACCGAGCGCGAUCGUCGAGGUGGGGCGCAGCAUUGAGGAGGAGCGCGCUAGGAAGGAGGAGACGCACAAGGUGAGCUACUACCUAUGCGACAAGUCCGUGGUGGACGUGUUCGACGGCGUGCACGGCGCCUCCGACAAGCUGCAGCGUCACAUGUCCGUGCGCCUGUCUCCCGGUCAAGAUGAAAUGGCCGCCAUCAUCACUGCCGCAGCGAAGGAGCUGCACGUAGCGCCCGAGCAGAUUCGCAUCUUCUGCCGAGACCGUCACGGUCUCUCCCCGUGGUGCGCUGUUGAGUCGAUGUGCAACUCGUACGACUCAUACUAUUACCCUCCCAUUUUCGUCGACAUCGCGCCGCCGCUCGCGGAAGAGGAUGCGGCGUCCGCCACGACCGCCGCUGCCGCCGCCGAGCCGUUCCUCGCGUUCCUCCGUCAUGUCGAAUCGCCGCACGACCGCGACAUCCCUGUCACGAUCGUCCGCUCCAUCCCGGAGCUGCAAGCGCGUGUGCCGCACGAUGCACUGGUGUACGAAAGCCGCGGCGGCCCGCAGUACCUGAGCGCUAUCACAGCGACGAACCAACUCGUGUGUGGGGCAAACUUACUGUACACGCACCAGCGCUCCUCCAACGACGCGGUGCGUGGGUACCUUCAGCACCGCCAGCUCGUCUGCACAAAGGUCUACCUGUACGACGACUACACCGCCGAGCUGACGGAGCUCUUUGAAAUACAUAUUGUCGAAUCCACGCCCUACACCACGCUACAGGUUGGGCUGUACAAGAUGAUGACAGAGUCGAAGAGGGGUCUGCCGCUCCCUCCCUCUCACAACCACCUCGCGUUCUUCAAGGGGAACGACCGAUGCAACUACGCCUUCGCGAUGCCCAUGGCGGCGUCGCUCACGAUUCAGUGGAACACGUACAAUCACACCCUCCGAGAUGUGUGGGGUAGCGUGCAGCACGAGCACAAAAUUGUCAUGACAAUUCUUCCAAUGCCGCUCGAAAAGAUCGACUUGACGGUGCUGGUGACGUUCAACGGAGGCUACAAUAACUUGCCUCACGUGUACGUUCCACUGGAGGGCGGCAGCGUUACUUUUCGCGAAGUUCUCGAGUUGAUGGUGCAGCAGCUGGGGACUCGUCUUCGGGCAGGCGCCGCCGCGGGGUACGAACAGCAGCUUGCCGGACAGGCACGACUGCUGCGGCUGCUGCGGGUCCGGCGGGGCGAGCUAGUGGAAGUGGUGGAGGACCUGGACACUCCGAUUGAUCUCGAGGCACGCGAGGACAUUGUCCUGGACAAGCUGUGUCCGGCACUGCCCGGGUACGAGCUCGUCAACGUGCUCUUCUGCCGCCGCCGCUCCGGAGAGUACUACUUCGGUCUACCAACGAACAUCUGCGUCAACUCGUGUCUAGAGGAGCAGGGGGAUGUGCUUCUUCGACGCAUCGUAAAGAAGCUCGGCUACCCUGAUCAGGAGGAGGCAAUGAAAAAGUGGAUACUUUGUGUAAUGAACGUCAAGUCGCGCAAAACGCGCACUGCCAGCAAGAAGGAGGUGCUGGCAGAUCUCAUCAAGGAGGUUGGCGGGGCACCGUUUGUGUUCGUUGUCGACCGUCCCCAGUGCUUGCUCCUCGACGGCAUUGAAGAGGAGGAGCAUCGGCCAGAGUCUAUCGUUAUCAAGUCUACCUCGAAGACAGACCUCUCCGCGGCUUAG